AUGCGAUCUGCGGAGGAGCUAGCCGAGUUUGACUCUCAGAUGUUCUUCCCUCAGGGCAGCUGCCAGACAUGGUUCUUGAUCGACGGAGUCACGUACGGAUUGGAAGGCUUGGAUCAUUUCAUGACUACUGUAGACGAAACGGGGAAGGCUGUUGCUCUCGAGCCGAGAGCGUGGAGAGUCGAAUUAAGGCGCGAACAAUAG